AUGUCGACCACACCGUGGGAUUACAUCGCCAAACUCGUCUGCAUUGGCGACUCAGGAUGCGGCAAGUCCAGUCUCACCAUUCGCCUCUGUGAAGGUCGCUUUUCGCCCCAUCACGACGUCACUAUCGGUGUUGAAUUCGGCUCGCGCAUCGUCCCCGUCGGUCCUCCUCACUCGAAACCCGGUGCCCUCGCUGCCUCAGAUGGUGAAGAUAAAGAUCAGGAAACAUCGGAUGGACUCCCCGAACCUCCACGGGACGCCUCAAGCACACCCCAGAAGCAUAUGAAGCUUAGUCUCUGGGACACAGCGGGGCAAGAAACAUACAAGUCUGUUACCCGGUCAUACUUCCGCGGCGCAAGUGGCGCGUUGCUCGUCUUUGAUCUUUCCCGCAAGCAGACCUUUCAACACGUCACCGACUGGCUCAAUGACCUGCGACAGAUCGCAGAGCCAGACAUUGUAGUUAUUCUGGUUGGCAACAAGGCCGAUCUCACACAACAGGAGGACAACAAGCGGGAGGUCACGCGUGAGGAGGCAGAGGAGUGGGCCAAGCGCAAUGGCGUUAUGGAGUACGUCGAGACGAGCGCGAAGAGUGGCGAGAAUGUCGAAAAGGCUUUUAUGCGUGUCGCAGAGAGAAUAUAUAACAAUAUCCAGGCUGGCAAGUACGAUCUCAACGACAGGAGAUCCGGAGUCAAGGGCGCAGGGGCUGGUGGAAAUCGCCAGGUCAAGUUGUCGGGCGAUGCCAGCAAAUCAACAGGAGGCAUGUGCUGCUAA